AUGUUCACUUUGAAAGAGAAGGUUACAGAGAGGCUCUCACGUCUCUUUGCUGAUUCACCCGAUUCAUCAUCCUCUUCUUCUCUUCCUCCCUCACUGGACCAUCAUCAUCCUGAGGCCAGGCCUGAUUCUAAAGGGGGUAAAUCAAUGUCUUCAUACUUUUCCUACAUUAUCCCGUCAGUUGGCUUUGGUGAAUCCAGAUCAGGCAAGCAUCAACGAUCACUCUCUGCUAGUAAUGUAGACUUUGAAUCCCAAGAUGAAUCCCUACAUAGAUAUGUAGAAUGUCGUUCACCAGGUGAGAACAAGGAAACAGAAAAUAAUCGAGAAAGCGAUUAUGACCAUGUUUCCGGUGGGAGCACCAGUGGUUCUGAGGUGUUUGAAGAAGCAACUGACCAGCAUAGUCCACAGAAGCAUCUAUCCUAUCUCAUGGAUGACUCUGUAUUUAUCUCCUCAGACCUGCAAGAAUUCUUGCUGUCAUCUCUUCCUAAUAUAGUGAAAGGGUGCCAAUGGGUUUUGCUGUAUAGUACGUUGAAACAUGGUAUAUCACUCCGUACUCUUAUCCGCAAGAGUUCUGACCUCUCUGGUCCUUGUUUGCUGAUUGUUGGAGAUAGGCAAGGUGCUGUGUUUGGUGGACUUCUAGAGGGCCCCUUGAAACCUACGGCAAAAAGAAAAUAUCAAGGAACAAACCAGACAUUUGUCUUUACAACCAUAUAUGGUGAACCAAGGCUAUUUAGACCAACUGGAGCCAACAGGUAUUACUACAUGUGUUUGAAUGACAUGCUAGCUCUUGGGGGUGGUGGUAACUAUGCUUUAUGCUUGGAUGGAGAUCUGUUAAGUGGAACAAGCGGACCAUGUGAAACAUUCGGGAACUUGUGCUUGGCUCAUAACUCAGAGUUUGAGUUGAAGAAUGUUGAGCUUUGGGGUUUUACACAUGCGUCGCGGUACCUUCCUUGA